AUGCUGGACGCGAUGGUGAUCAUUUCAUUUUCUAUUUUCAUUUUAAUUGCUAUCCAACUAUCGAAUGGAUAUGAUUUCACUUGUGAAUGGUAUCCUGCGAAAUGGAGAGCUCUUGGUGAACUCAAGAAUUGUUAUGGAAGACAAAUUAGCAUAUUAAAUCCGAAAACGAUUAUUGAAAGUGUCAAUGGAGAUAAAGAUUCGACUUAUGAUGACAUUGAAGGGUUCUGGAUUGAGAAUGAAGUUGUCAAUUAUGUUCCAGAGAAAGUAACAACGUUUCUACCAAAUAUCAAAGCAUUCGGCAUUGACAACUGUGGUCUUAAAAUUAUCACCAAAGACGAUCUUAAACCUUUUACAAAGCUCAUUCGUUUUGAGGUCCAUCGCAACGAAUUGCAAUAUUUGGAAAGCGAUUUGUUCACUUACAAUAAAGAACUUAAAUUUGUCACCGUUUUUGAUAACAAUUUGAUGGUUGUAGGCGACGCUAUCUUGAAGCCACUCCCUGAAUUGACCCAGACACAAUUCGAGAUAAGAUGUUUGCAAAGACUUUGUAUUAGUCGCAGUUGUGUUGUGGGAAUGCAAAAACAAAUCCAUGACCAUUGUCAAUCAGAACAAGUGAUUAUUGAUUUCAAAAAACGAAUUCAAGAAUUGGAAGAUAAUUGUUUAAAUAAUGUUUGAAAUAAAAAAUAAAUGUAACUGAGAAGUUCU